AGUAAUCCUUAUAGAAGCCUGGGAUGCUUACAUGAUGGAAUACGAAGACGCAGCAAGAGAGUCUAUCAAGAAAGUCCAAAAGAGCCAAAAAUAAGGAAAUAAAGCAGUUUGAGAAAAUUAUGAAGAGAGAGACCACGUUCAAGGUGACUCUUUCUCAAGACCUCAUUCUCUUGAGAAAUAGGAUAGAGAAAUUAAUCUCAAUUGGGAAAUAUGAAGAAGCGGACAUACUUAAGGACAAAGCAGAAGAGCUUGAAAAAGUUGAGUAUACCAAAGCGGCAAUUGAGUCAGAGCUUGAUAUUGAUAAGGAUAAAGAGAGACUCAUUGCAGCACAUCAAAAGACUAUCGAGGCUAUGCUUAGAAGGAUUGAGAGAGAUAGACGUGAGCAAACUAGGCAUAGAAAAGAUGAUACACAGAGAUUAGUCCAGAGAAAUAAAAAUCUUCUCAAGGAUAUUGAUACCAGGCAAGCUCAGGAAAAAUAGAAAAACUAAACAGUUCUUGACUUGGGCAUUGAGUGAUAUACAUACAUUCAAAAAUCUGAAAUCUAAAAUUGCUCAGUCACAAAGUGGUAAAGCUAGAAACUUUAGAGGCCCUAAGCCAAAAUCGAUUCCUAAAACUAGGGCUAGAAGAAUGAAUAUCAUGAACAAUAAGUAUAGCACACUUAUGAAAAAUAGAAAUAGUCUUCCAAUGGUGAACAAGAGUAGAGAGAGUCGGAGUGAGGUUAAAAUUCACCGGAAGAAAAACAUCCAGAGUAAUCUUCCUGGUAGUCUCCUUCAUGUAAUGAAGCACAAAGCUGGUAUAAAGCUACCCAAAAAGAGCCUGCACAACAUGAGCUAUAACGAUGCUUAUGGAGUGCUGGAGGAUAUAGAAUCAUCUGCAAAUUACUCCUCGGUAAUGUAA